AUGGGAAGCGAAGAAGGCAAGUUGAAAUCUGAACUGCAGGAUGAGGUUUUCAAGAUUUUUUCUGGUUUUAUGAUUUGGGUCACAAAAUUGGAGGAGCUAAUGUCUGUUGGAAGUAGUUUACUUGUUGGCUUUCAGCAAGGGCUUGAUUUUCUUCGACGGCCUCCAAUUGACAGGACAUCUGAAUUGGUCAAGCGAAUCAUCAAAGCUAAUGAAACCAAGAGGGUUUCAUCCUAUGUUGAGGCUGGAUGUGUAAGCACUGAUGAUAGUAAACAAAAUAUAAGCAAGUUAUAUAGAUGCCAACUCGGGCUUUGGAAGCAUGUAAAUGAAGCCGAAUGUGUAAUGGAGGAACUUAAAUGCCUUCUGGAGAACGCAACGGUUGCAAUGCAAAAAGCUAGUGAAAGUUCACCACUUUUGCAGGAUAAAGAUACUGGUGAUGAGUCUGAUCCCCUAGCAACUACUAAUUACAAGGAGCAAAAACCUGAAGUUACCGAUUAUGCUGCCAUGAUGGCUAUUCUAUACAGUAUGGUUAAGCAAGACUGCAUAAUGCAGGAAAAAAUUGUUACAUCUCUUAGUCUCAAGUCAUCAUCAGAAGAGCUGGAGAGCUACUGCCUGAUGUGGUCUCUGCGCCCUUUCGUAGACGAUGAAAUUAUGUGUGAAGCUUGGAAACUUCUUCCCUGA